AUGACGGGGGUGCGCAGCGGGGCACGGCGGCACGGGCGGGCCCUGCGCAGAGCCCUUGGGCCGUGUCCGGCCCGGGGGUCGCCGCGCCCCGGGUGGCACCGCGCUGGCACCGUCCCCUCCCCGCCGCCACCGCCCGGCGCCGCCAGCCCGGAGCCAGCGGCGGGCGAGGGGCCAGGGGUGGCACCGCGCUGGCACCGCGCUGGCACCGUCCCCUCCCCGCCGCCACCGCCCGGCGCCGCCAGCCCGGAGCCAGCGGCGGGCGAGGGGCCAGGCCGGCCCCCCAACCCCCCCCGCCGGGCCCCAGCUGGGUUUGGGGGUCACGGUGACACCCCUGUCCCCCCAGGGGCCGAGGCCACCCGCUGUCCCCGGGGGUGGCUGUCCUUCCAGGGACACUGCUACGGCUACUUCGGGCAGCAGCUGAGCUGGAGGAGGGCUGAGGCGUGGUGCCAGGCCACCCGCGGGGGGCACCUGGCGUCGCUGCACAGCCCCGAGGAGCACCGGGCGCUCGCCGCCUUCCUCGCGCGGCGCCCGCGGCGGGGAGAGGACGACGAGGAGGGCGACAAGGACAGGGACAGGGACAGGGACAAGGAGGACGGCGUCUGGAUCGGGCUGCACCGGCGGCGCCAGGGCUGGCUCUGGGCUGACGGGUCCCCGCGCCACUACUGGGCCUGGGAGGGGGACGAUGGCCCCAGGGGACAUCCCUGCAUCGCCCUGGAGGACUCGGCAGGGUUCAUGGCCUGGGAGGGCGAGGCGUGCGGCGAGCGCAAACCCUUCGUCUGCAAAUACGAACCCUAGGGGGGCCGGGGGGGCCCGGGGGGGCCCGCGGCCCCCACUGCUGCCCCCAGCCCCUGUGCAGCCCCCCGACCCUGGGGCGUGACCCCCACCCCGCAUCCUGUCCCCAAACCCAGCCCCACCCG